GUGUGUUGUCGUGGUGUUGUCUUGUGAUGUAUUUUUCUAGUAUAAAAAGUUAAUAAUUAGCUACCUAUUAUAUUAUUACGUAUCAGAAAUUCCUCAAAUAUUCUUGUGGUUAAGUAGUAGUUAUCAUACAGCAGUGGCUUAAAAACAAAAUGAUUGACUUUGAAAGAACAUGCCGGACAUGUAUGAAAACAAAAAGUGAAGCCGCUCUAACAAAUUUAUUUGGCCCGGUGAAAAUCGAGCGUAAUUGGUCAUUAAAACUAGCAGAUUUAGUUAAGGAAACUAUUACAUUGCAGAUAACUGAAGGAGAUGGCCUACCCCAAAAUUUGUGUGAUGAGUGUGUAACAAAUCUCCAAAAUAUGUACACAUUUCGCAGCCAAGCACUCAAUUCUGAAAAUGCGCUUAGAAAAUUAGUUUCUCAAAGUGCCUCAAUAAAAAAUGAAACAGAUUACAGUUUGAAGCAUGAAAAUGAGUUUGAAUAUCUUGAACAUGCAUAUGACGAUUUCAUAUUUGACAAUCAGCCCCCAAAGGAAGAAGCUAACAACGAUGUAUCAAUGUUUAUUUGCAAUAUAUGCAAUAAAAAGUUCACCAAACGUAAGAAGUUUUUGAAACACUUAUCAAAUCACGAGGAUCCACAAAUUACUUGCCCAAUUUGCGAUAAACAAUUUCAUAGACAGUCAACACUAAAAAGACAUUUAAAUAAGCAUUGUGAGACUAAUAGUACAUCUAACCUUAAUAAUAGUCUAUUAGAGAAUACGGUAACAGAUUUGGGUGUAAAAGUUAAAGUAGAAAAUAUAAGCGAUCAAUAUAAAUGCUCUGAAUGCAAUCUUAUGCUUGAGAACCAGAAAUCUCUAUUACUACAUUCUAAAGAGCACCAUAAUAUUGAUUUAGAUUUAGAAGAGCAAGUAUACAGAUGUGUAGAAUGCUCAAAAAGUUAUACAACGGAACAGAGAUUGAUGAAACACAUGGCAACUCAUUACGGAAACGGAAAAAGUAAAUUAGACAGUGAAAUGUUAGAAAUAAAAAUUGAGGGAGAGCAUUACGAAUGCCCAGAAUGUCAUGUUGUGUUUGAAAAACAUAGGUCUUUAGCGUCACAUUUGAAGAAGCACAAAAUAAAAGUUGGUUUAAAAAGUCAGGGCACAUAUUAUUGUGGGUAUUGUGAUAAACGAUUUGCCUUAAAGACACUGCUUAGAAGACACAUGAAGUUGCAUACAGAGGACCGUCCGUUCAAAUGUACUCAAUGUUCUCAGUGUUAUACUCGUCAAGACCAAUUGGUUAUGCAUAUGAGUAAACAUGAUGGUAAAAAGAGAUAUGUUUGCAAUCUUUGUAAUAAAGCAUUUACUCAGCUGUGCAGUCUAAAAGACCACAAAAGAACUCACACGGGCGAAACUCCCUUCCUCUGCUCCCAGUGUGGGAAAGGCUUCAGUAACAACUCUAAUCUGAGACAGCAUUUGAAGCGCCACACGGGACUUAAGCCAUUCAGCUGUAACCUAUGCCCAAAGAGUUUUUGUACUAAAGGUCAGAUGAAAUCCCACAUGGACACCCACACGGGCGUACACCCGUACAAAUGCCAUCAAUGUGGUGCAGCCUUCACGAAAACAAACUCCUUGAAGAAACAUGCUAUGAUACAUCUUGGAGUCAAGCCAUUUGCUUGUGAUAACUGCAGUAUGAGAUUCUCAUCAAAAGAUCACUUGAAGCGCCACCAGCGCACUCACACGGGGGAGAAGCCGUACCGCUGCCCGCACUGCUCGCGAGCGUUCACGCAAAGCAACGACUUGGUCAAGCAUGUUCGCACGCACCUGGGUCAAAACAUCUAUCAAUGCACGGUGUGCCAAAUGAAAUUCCGCCUUAUGAGGGAGCUAAAACGCCACUACCCUAUACACUACAUCAAUGGGGCCGAUCCCACCCCUGCGCAGGAAAUCGAAUCACCCCUUGUCAUACUCAAGGGGUGCUCCGACCAAGAUAAUAUAGAGGCUAACAACAUACCGUCAGACAGACAAAUAACAAUCACGUUUAAUAGUAACGUUCUAGAUAAAAACAGUAUCGGUGACAUAACUAUUAAUAUAGAACCUGGGAAGAUAACUAAUUAAUCGUUUGUUUUUAUUGCGCAAGCAAAUUAAGCUUUUGGUUUUUUUUUUCUCGUCUGGCUUUACACUGAUUAGCCAAUGUCAAGUUUGUAGUUAUUUACAAGUUAGGGAAACUAUAUGUAUAAGUAUGGACUUCGUCUGUG